UCUCUCUCUCUCUCAACACAUACAUUGACAUAAAGCAAACAAGUUGAGUACCAGCUGCCAGAAGCCAGAAGAGAUCAAAGAGAUCAACCUCAAGAAAAUUUGAGCAUUAAACGUACACAUUAUGGAUGAGAAGUGGAAGCUACCAAAGAACAAGCACGAAGGCACUUCAUCAUCAAGUUCUUCUUCCAAGUUUUCCUUCACAAGAAGUUCUUCAACCAGAAGCACAUCUUCCUUGCUGAGAAGCUAUUCACAAAAAAACAAUGCCUCUAGCUCCAAGUCUCCUCUUCCAAGAAGCUUCUCACAAAAGAACUCUUCCAUCGGCCGCAAGUGUAGUAGUGUUGCCAAGGAACAGAAGGCUAGAUUCUACAUCAUGAGAAGAUGUGUUGCUAUGCUUGUUUGUUGGCGCAAGCAUGGUGAUUAAUAAUUUUUAAUUAUGUUAGUGCUUGAGAUUAAGCUCCAUAUGUACUUAUUUUGCUUCAUAUAUCACCCUCCUGUGAGAUGGGUCGGGUUUGUAAUUUCAAACUCAUAUAUAUGUAUCAAAUUUUCUCCCAUCCGGUCAAGAGGAGAUCGGCAACACACAAAUUUCUGUAGUGUUUUAUUUAUUUAUUUAUUUAUAAUUUUUCUAUUUUCGUUUUUGUUAGAGAAUUGUCCUUUGUAAUUACAAUUAAGAUGAGUUACAAGUGCUUCUGUAUGUACAUUGCAAUAAAUUAUCAUAUUAUCGAAUACAUGUCCAGUGUUCAAGUUCUACAAUUGUACCAUGAUCACGAAAUUGCAAUCAAAUCUCAUGAAGGCCAACAUCCAUAAUUUAGUUUUGUUUUUAAUUUGAAUUUGGUAAUAUUUCUGUUUUGCAUCAUUUUAUU